CAACACUCGCACGCGGUAUACGAUUACAGCGUGUGAGACACCGCGCUAUCGCGAUCACAACCCGAACACUAAUGUUACGUUCGGUUGACUGUUAAAAGCUUAUCGUUACGGAAAUAAAUAAAAAAUAAGUUUCAAAAUGAUAACAAUGCUAACGAACUCUAAACUCCUGUGGGCGCUGUGGCAAGUGGUGAGCUACUGUUCUUCGCGGACAUCGCUGCCGCUGUUGCUGACGGUUGGCGUGACGUUUUUGACGAUGCGGCUAAUAAAUUUAGUGCGUGAGAGCCGAAAAUUGCCGCCCGGGCCGUGGAGUCCACCAGUCGUCGGAUACCUUCCUUUCCUCGGAGUACGCCACAAAACCUUCCUGGAGCUGGCUAAAAGUUAUGGUGCACUGUUCUCUACACGUCUCGGAAAUAAGCUAACUAUUGUGUUGAGUGACUACAAGUUGAUCAGGGAAGCAUUUCGCCGAGAAGAAUUUACCGGUCGACCUAGCACUCCUUUAAUGAAUAUCUUGGAUGGUCUUGGUAUCAUCAAUAGUGAAGGCCGCCUUUGGAAAAAUCAACGCCGGUUUUUGCACGAGAAACUUCGUGAAUUCGGCAUGACUUACAUGGGCAAUGGAAAGAAAAUUAUGGAAGCGAGAAUUAAGAGUGAGGUUCAUGAGUUGAUGGAAAACUUGCAACGUUCUGAAGGUGAAGCAGUAGAUGCGAAUCCACUUCUGGCUUUAGGCGUAUCAAAUGUGAUUUGUGGAAUAACAAUGUCAGUACACUUCAGUCAUGGUGAUGCUAGAUUUGCCAGACUAAACCAUUUAAUCGAAGAGGGCAUGAAACUUUUCGGAGAAAUUCACUAUGGAGAAUACAUACCACUUUAUAACUAUCUUCCUGGCAAGGCACAAGUGCAAGAAAAGGUAGCAAGAAAUCGCGAAGAAAUGUUUGCUUUCUAUCAAACGUUGAUUGACGAGCACCGGAACACUCUAGAUAUGGACAACGCUAGAGAUCUAAUCGAUGUCUAUUUAAUUGAAAUAGAAAAGGCUAAAAUGGAAGGCAGAGAAGGGGAUUUAUUUGAAGGCAGAGAUCACGAAUUACAAAUCAAACAAAUUCUCGGGGAUCUGUUUUCUGCUGGUAUGGAAACUAUAAAGUCGUCACUGCUGUGGAUGAUUGUCUUUAUGUUGAGGAAUCCAGAUGUUAAGCGCCGCGUUCAAGAAGAACUGGACAAUGUUAUUGGUCGCGAGCGAUUACCCACUAUAGAAGAUAUGCCCAAUCUCCCUUACACAGAAACAACUAUUCUUGAAACACUGCGCAUGUCUAGCAUUGUGCCAUUAGCAACAACUCAUUCGCCUACAAAGGACGUCCACCUUAACGGAUACAGAAUUCCUGCUGGCUCACAAGUAGUACCUUUAAUCAAUUGCGUUCAUAUGGAUCCGAACCUCUGGGAAGAGCCGAAUAAAUUCAACCCGAGCAGGUUUAUAGAUGAGAAUGGAAAAAUUAAGCGGCCCGAAUUUUUCAUGCCCUUCGGUGUGGGAAGGCGGAUGUGUUUGGGGGACGUUCUGGCUCGCAUGGAAAUGUUUAUGUUCUUCUCGAGCAUGAUGCAUCAGUUCGAUGUGGAGUCGGAGGCUGGGGCCGCGCCGCCUUCGCUCGAGGGCACGGUGGGUGCUACGAUCGCGCCGAAAGCUUUCCGCGUGAAGUUCGUGCCGCGAGCUCCGCCCGCUCCCCCCGCCGUCAUCGCACACGACCAUCAGCACUUGCGUCACGUGGGCGCCCACUGAGAGCGCACCACACCUUUGCCACAAUAUACCCACCAGUAUUCCGUGAUCACUCGUUUUAGAGCGCAUCGAUGACAAAUUUAAAUUAAGUUUAUUAGUAAGUGACGACGUCGCUCCAGCGAUUGUCUAGGCUGUGCAUAAAGUGUUCAAUAAAAUAGUAACCGAACUUUACUUUAGGUGUAUUGAAAAUUCCCAUCGUUGAGAUUAAAAAUUGUUAUUUUAUGUCUUCAGUAUUAUGUAUAGGUUUUUCGAUCUAUGAGAUCGUCGUUAAUCACAUACAUCGAAUGAAGCAAUUUCGUAACGAAAUGUAGUUAGUUCAUUGACAUCUUAAGCUCUAGUUUCCUAUACCAAAAUAAAUGUAUAAUUAUUAUCGUUAUUUAUUAGUAAGUAUCACUUGAGAGUGUUGUCUGUUGAGUGUGAUCUCAUGUUUAAUGCGUUACGUGUACAUUAGUAUACAUACAUAGUAUACAUUAGUAUUGUGUUAAGAUUUGUACGUGUUCAUUUUUACAUUUCUAGUUAAAUAUGUACCUAUCAUGAGUAAUAUACUAAGUAACAUUCCAUGGUAGUGUAGAACCAACAACUAGUCUAAGAGCGGUAAUGUAUGUCGCUAUAAGUAUAAUAUCUUUAUUGUGUAACUGACGAUUUGAACUCUUUUUACAUCAGAAGAAAAUAGUUCGCAACCAAGUUGCCUUUUAAAGUUCGACUGUCGAAUAUCGUGUUGGCUUAUAAUAAUUGCCGUUUCUAGUAAAUUUACCAUUUAUUUACGCUAGCUUUGUAAAUAUUGCAUAACUUUUAAUGGAUAACAAGAUUUUAGUUUGAAAUAAAUGAUAAUAAUUUCAUA